AUGCCUCCGUCGAACACAGCCGCGCGAAGUCCAAUCAGCGGAGGCGCUACUACCACGUGGCCGUCCUUCACGUCUCCCUCCCCACGGCCUCCCCCAACCCCUUCUCCGCGCCCGCGCGGGCCCCUUUCCCCGCGCCCCGGCGCUGGCGGAGCGGCCUCCGCCGCUGUCUCCCCCAGCAGGCGGCGCUGGCGGAAGGGGCUGCUUGUCGCGAACGGGCUCGCCGCGCUUUACGGCUCCGCGUGCACCGUGAAUCGCGUCGCGGAAGCAGCGCCCACUCAUAUCUCCGACGUCGCGCCACAUUUCGCGCCGCAUCUCGCGGCCGUCAUGGAUCACGUGCCCUCCGAAUUCGCCUCGCCGAUCAAAUUCGCCGCGGCGGCCCUCCCGUUCGCCCCUGCUGCCGUCAGCACCUUCACAGUCGCAGCAGGCCGCCUGGUCGACGGUGCGCGACGUGAGACGACCGCGUCUGCCCAAGGCGCGGCGUCACAGCCUGUGCUGGAAUCAACCGGGACAGGCGAGCCCGCUGACGGAAUUGCUUCGCCGCCGGUGGAAGACAAGAACUCGGAGUCAUCCCAACAUGAGUCGGAGUCCUCUGCGGUGGUACUGGCGGGACUGGAGUUAGCAGCGUACAGCUUCCUGGGAGACCUGCUCUCGCAGUUCACCAAUGCUGAUACUGCCUCCACUCCCAUGCUGCUGCUGCUCUCGCCUGCCUGCUCUCCCUCCUCUCCUUACUCCGCUGUGAAUCCCACUGCACCCGCUUCGACCCGCUCCGGAGUAGCGCUGCUGCCGCUCAUAUUCAGCGGAUUCAUGUGCUCGGGGCUUGGCACUUGGAUGGAAACGAAUUGCCUGCAGGACCUACCGGCUCCUGCUCUCAUGCUGAUAUUCACCUCGAUUCCAGUUUGGGGCGGGUUGCUGGCUGCCUUGGCGCAGGGAGAGGUGCCAGAGGCAGGGCUGGGAGUGGCUGGUCUCGUGGUGGCUGCUGUGAAUGCUGGUGCAUGGGCUCUCGUGACACGCCAUAGCAGCAGCGACAGCAGUGGCGGCAUGGGCAGCAAUGUAUACAAUGGGAUCUGUGCUGUGGAAGAAAAUGGCCCGGCUGCAGCAAAUGCUGCAGACAACGAUGCAGAGAAGGCAGCCAAGACUGCUGCCUCAGUUCCAGUGGAACAGUUGAGCAACUCCCUAGUGGCAUCUCAACUCAAGGUGCCCUUCUACUCCACCAAGGCUAAGAGCCUGCUGCUCAAGCUCAAGCUUAAAGCCAAGGUGGCUGGGGCUAAGGUGCUGGGGGGGAAACUGGGCGUGAAAGCUGCAGCUGCCGGUGCGUAUAGUGCUUCUCAUGUGCUGACGUCGGCUGUGGGGAGUGGGAGCUUCGGAGCCAGUGCUGCUGAUGCUGCUGCAGCAGCUGCUACAGGCACGGUUGACGCUCUGUCGUCGAUUGGCAGUGGUAUGGCGAUUCCAUCUUUCGUCAGCAGCAGCAGCACAGGCAGCAGCAUGCCGUUUGUGCAUCAUGCUCCUAAGGACAACCCGCUUUUGGCGAAAAUCUACACAAUCCGCGAGGCGGAUGAGAAAUACGGCGCAGAGAAUGCAGCAGGAGCUAACAUCCCGAUGCCGCCACCUCCCAAGCCCCCUGCGCUCACGCGCUCGCUCUCCCUCCUCGACCUCAUCCUCCUCGGCAUCGGCGCUUCCAUUGGCUCGGGGAUUUUCGUCGUGACAGGUGUCGCCGCGCGAUCGGCCGGGCCGGCCGUGUCCCUAUCCUUUCUCGUAGCCGGCCUGGCCUCUCUCCUAAACGCGCUCUGCUACGCCGACCUUGCCGCCCGCUUCCCCGGCCGGGUGGGUGGCGCGUACCUGUACGCGCACGCGUGCCUGGGGCAGCUCGCGUCGUUUGUCCUGUUCUGCCACCUGGUGCUGGACUACCACGUGGGGGCGGCGGCGAUCUCUAGGAGCCUGGCGAGUUACUUGGCGAAUCUGGUGGAGGUGGCAUCUGGGGCAGGGCUACCUGCCGUGUUCGCACCAGGAGGCAUGCCUGUGUCCAUCCCCGUGCCGUUUGUACCCGCACUGGACCUUUCGAUCAAUCUCGCUGCGCCAGCUGUCCUGCUGCUCCUCUCAUGGCUGCUGUGCCGGGGGGUGCGGGAAACCUCACUCGUGAACGACGUGAUGACGUCAGUCAAGGUGGCGAUAGUGGUGCUGGUGGUGGCUGUGGGUGCAGGGCAUGUGAACCCUGCCAAUUGGUUCCCCUUCUUCCCCCCAUCGCUCGACACCCUGUUGAACUCCGCUGCUCCUGCUGCCGCCUCUGCUGCCGCCCCUGCUGCUGCUGCCACAGCCGCAGCCGCAGCCGCUGCCACUGCCACCGCCGCUGCUGCCACUGCUGCAACUACUGCUGCGUCUGCUGCCGCAGCUGCGUCUGCUGCUGCAAGCAGCACGGGCAGCAGCAUGGGUGGCGUGCAGGCAAUGCUAUCAGCCUCUGCCCUCGUCUUCUUCUCCUACAUCGGCUUCGACGCCGUCGCCAACACCUCCGAAGAGUCCCUCCACCCCCGCCGCGACGUGCCACGGGGUCUUCUUAUCGCGCUCGCUGCCUGCUCCCUCCUCUACAUCUCCGUCUCCCUCGUCCUCACCGGCAUGGUCCCGUACAACCUCCUCGACCCCUCAGCACCGCUCUCCACCGCGUUCGCCUCCCUCGGGCUGCAUUUCAUGGAGAGGAUUAUCGACGUGGGGGCUGUAGUGGGGCUGACAACAACGCUGUUGACCGGGCUGUAUGUUCAGUCUCGCAUGUAUCUGGCGUUGGCGAGGGAUGGGAUGCUGCCCGUUUGGUUUUUGCAAGUGAAUGCGGGAAGCCAUGUGCCAGUGCAUGCGCAGUGGUGGGUGGGGGGAGUGGCAUCGGCGAUGGCGGCAGUGUUUGAUGUUGGGAAGCUGUCGCAUAUUCUGUCGGUGGGCGUGUUACUGAGUUACUCUAUAGUGUGUAUGUGCGUGCUGGCGCUAAGGGUGGAAUCGUAUCAUGGAGGGGGGAGUGGCUGUGUCAGCGUGGGGGAGGAAGGGGAAGAGCGAUUGGAUGAUGCACUUUUGGCAUGCACGGGUGUAGUCACCAGCAGCAGUAUACCUGGUAAUGAGCCGGCUACAACAGGGCACACACACGUUCCGCCACCUCCGCAUUGGAUUACCCAAUGGGGUGGCGACAAGUGGCAUGAGGCUGUGGUGUAUUAA